CGUCACUGAGACCACAGUAUUUAAUUUCUGUUGUCUACACUGCAUGGCCAACUUUUCUUUCCGAGACUGCAGGAUUUAAGGAAGGAGUAAUUUCGCCCACAUGAUGCCGCCGUUUGAGAGAUCACAGAACCCCAUUCCCUUUAAGCAGCGAAAAAGCUUAGCAACAAGAAAGCAGGAAGUAGCGGGAAUCCGAUCUAAGUUUCCGACUAAAAUACCGGUUAUAAUUGAAAGAUAUCAACGGGAGAAAUACUUGCCACCUCUUGAUAAAACUAAAUUCCUCGUCCCUCAAGAACUCUCCAUGACUCAGUUUGUCACCAUUAUAAGAAAUCGAAUGUCUCUGAUGCAGAGUCAGGCGUUUUACCUGCUAAUUGAUAACAGUGGCCUUGCCAGCAUGUCACUUACCAUGGCGGAAGUCUACAAGGACCAUAAAGAUGACGAUGGAUUUCUCUACAUGACCUAUGCUUCUCAAGAAAUGUUCGGGCAUUGUGUUAAAAAUCGAAGCUUGUAGCCGAUUGCUGGAAAUGUUUGAUGCCUCAGCUUCUGGCAGGACAAUUGACUGAAUUGUGUAGCUCUAAAAUAAGACUCAUGAGGACUUUUAAUAACUCUUAAAGUGUUUGUAUAUUGUUUUAAGGUAAUAAAUGUUUCGAACUUCAUGCACUGAAUUUGAUGAUUAAAACAGUUUUACUAGUCA